AUGGCCAGGGGGAGCAUCUCGAUGGGAUACAUGGAGCCUAACCUGAGUGACGUGCGGUUUGACCGGAAGACACCGACCGACGGGAAACGGAAAGGAGCGACGUGCCCAAGAAGGCAAGUCUCGCUUCGUCCAAAGGCUUGCUCUCUCUUCUCCAUCGGUGGAGAUGGACGCGGGUGCGACGCGUAUAAGAACCGAGGGCCAGUAGACACGCCAGAGCUCGCUGCUGGGCACUUGUUCCCUUGGCCACAAAUUCCCCUGCAGAUCCGCCGAAAUUCGUCAAAAUUCCUUACACACCCCGUUGGUCAGAUGGAGUGCGACACGAUCCUCACCGCAUUCCUCACCAACCCAGCCAGCAAUCGACUCCUCACUCCCUUUUCCUGUCACCUCUUGCCCGCUCUUCUCGAACACGCUGACAAUCGCCAUGGACUAGCGAGAUUCAUGGUCACCAUGAUCACAACCCAGCUUCGGUCAUUGCUCGACCUGCCGCCUGCAGAGGGAGGUCCACGGGAGCGCAUCACCCUCGAACAAGUUCAAGACGCUUGGUUUACUGCAGCCGAUCGUCGAUAUGCAAACAAUCUCCAGCCGUCUUCUCCCAUCGUUCACAUGCUCGCCACUGCCUACAAUUCGGUCGCGCAGACUUGGGCCACCGACUUUGUGCUCUAUCCAUUAGGGAAACGCUACCAUCAGCUCAUCAAACGUACCCGAAAGCGAAAAUAUCCCUUCUCGCCCCUUGCGGCUCUCCCCCCGCCUCCGCCUCCUGUAGUGGUCGAGCAGCACAAGAAUGAUAAGAUGAUCCCAAGAAGGUUUCCACUCCCACGUCGCUCGCCACAGUCGACAGUCGACGACGCCACUGAACAGCCCAUAUUAGAAGAUGAGGCCGACAAUGGUCCCAGUGAGACUGUUGCGGCUGAAGAUGUCGACGAGGAUUCUGGAUUAGACGGCUGCAAGGUUGUGAAUGACCAUCACGACGUUAGCUGGCUUGUGCAAGACCAUGGCUACUAUUAUCCUCUGCAUCAUCACUACCAGCGACGACAAAGUAAUGCAAGCGAAACGUUUUCAGAAUCAUGGACUUUGACAUCUUUGAUAUUCAACGAGGAAAGCAGAGAUGGCGAAGACGAGUCGCUACUUGGCGACGCUCUUUCAUUACGAGCUAGAGGGCCACGAAGGAGAAUGAUAAACGCCCUUGCGCAGCGGGACGGUCCAGGUUGUGCCAUUUCCAAAGUUGAACUCCAACGGCCUCAGGAUAGCUAUGCUCGAGCUACAGAACAGCGUGUCUUCUGCACACAGAUCAUUCCAGAAUCGCAUGAUACAGCUCGGUUUCAACGCUUCAAGCACCUAGUGUCCGUCUACUUUGAGAAAAAGUACGACGCAUUGCUAGACUCGAAGCUUUCAAGUAGUUCAGAACCCCUGGAUGUAGACAAGGAGUUUGAGAUGGGCUUUGCGCCCUAUCAUGGACCAUCAACGACUCCAUCGAAGCGAAGAGGACAUUACUACGCUACAUCGACAAACGUUCUUCAAACUUCACGCAAUGCCGUUCUCAUGAGCGAAAAGUGGAUGCGAUGGUUUGAUGAAGGGCGUUUUGUCCUUCGCGAGAGUGGUGGCCAGUUCUACGUUCAUUGCAUGGACCCAACACUCGAAAACGACCCAGAGUUUACGAGACAAACUAGAAAUGGGAUUGAGCGAGUUCACGGUGCUCGGCUCGAUAUUGGGGCGACCUCUAUACAAUUCUCGCGCCCGGCUACCAAGCGACAUACUCGACACUCUUCCCUGCAUGACCUCCCACCAAUCUCGACGAUAAUUCCACCCCAUCCGAUCCCGACUGUCCCUCAUCACGCCUCAUCGCACUCGGCUUCGCACGUAUUCCAUAACCCGUUGCCGACACCCAUCCCAACACCUCCUUCGCCACCGUUUCACUAUCAACUUCCGGCCCUCCGCUCCGUUGGCCCUCAGUCAACCAUGCCCAUGGCCGCUCCAACAGCUGUCCAUAACAUGUCAACCCCUGUCGCCUCUCGUCUCUCACCCGCGUACAGUGUGCACCGUGGGUCGGCACAUGCCUCGCACCGCACGCCACCAGCGACGUACCGUGUGAGAAGAGCGCCAUACCCUCCACCCGUCAUCCACGGUGGGCCAAUCACCUCGCCUCCAUCAUCUCGCAGGGGUAGCGAGUACGAGACUGCGACCAUGUCUCCUCCUCCCCCUCGAACGAAAUGGAACCAGCUCUUCCAUACGAGAAGACGGAACAGUGUCGCUAGUGUCAUCAGUACCGGUGACUAUCCCGAAAGCCCACUUGAAAGGAGCUCCCACCACUCGGCUGGCUCGUUUCAAGGCUCCUACACCCCGGUUACCCCCUCGACUGGCGAGAGGCAUUCCCUCCGAGCUUUACUGAAUCCGGUUCGGGACACUGAGCCACGGCAAGAGUCUGGACUCCAUUUCUUUCCGCCGCUGAUGGAAACCCACGACGAUCGUGCUCCAUCCCCCUUGCCGUCGGCUCCUCCUCCAAGGCGUGAACUCUGGGACGUCGACGCGCUGGAUCCGAACCUCGUUCGUCUCCACGAGCUGAUCGUUCGCACAUGGUGGGCGAGCGGACUUGGUGGUCAAAUGGCAGCUCAAAUCCGUGAAGUGGAUGAGAUUCCACUCGAAUGCAUGAACGUCGUCGUACUCGGCCAAGACGGAUUCUCAAGCCAUCUCAAGCAUCGACUCUCGCUCCUCUAA